CCACAUCACCAAUUCCUCUCAAUACAACCAUAUAAAAACACCAAUCAGUCUACAGCGCAAUGGGUAUCCUUUCAGACCUCAACAUAAAGCCCGGCGUCAUCUACGGCGAUGAUGUCCUCAAGGUCUUCCAAUACGCUCAGGAGAAGCAAUUCGCUAUUCCCGCCAUUAACGUAACAUCUUCCAGCACCGUUGUUGCCGCUCUCGAGGCUGCCAAGGACAAGAAGUCCCCAAUCGUCCUUCAGUGCUCCCAAGGCGGAGCUGCUUACUUUGCUGGCAAGGGUCUCCCCGACAGCUCUGAGAAGCGUGAGGCCUCCGUAGCCGGUGCCGUCGCUGCCGCGCAUUAUAUUCGCGCAGUUGCGCCUCAUUAUGGAAUCCCAGUAAUCCUCCACACCGAUCACUGCGCAAAGAAGCUCCUGCCAUGGCUGGACGGCAUGUUCGAAGCCGAUGAGGCCGAGUUCAAGCUGACCGGUACUCCUCUAUACUCCUCGCACAUGAUCGAUCUCUCUGAGGAGGAGGUCAAAUUCAACAUUGAGACCACUGCCAAGUACCUAAAGCGCGCUGCACCGAUGAAGCAGUGGCUCGAGAUGGAGAUUGGUAUUACCGGUGGUGAGGAAGACGGUGUCAACAACGAAGAUGUCGACAACAACUCCCUCUACACGCAGCCCGAGGACAUUCUCGAGAUCUACAACACUCUCGCACCCAUCUCGCCUUACUUCUCCAUUGCCGCCGGUUUCGGCAACGUGCACGGUGUGUACAAGCCAGGAAACGUCAAGCUCCACCCCGAACUCCUCGGUAAGCACCAGAAAUUCGUCCAAGAGAAGAUCUCCGCGAAGAGCUCCAAGCCAGUCUUCUUCGUCUUCCACGGUGGCUCGGGAUCAACCAAGGAGGAGUUCAAGCAAGCCAUCAGCUUCGGCGUGGUCAAGGUCAAUCUCGACACCGAUAUGCAAUGGGGCUACCUCAUCGGUGUUCGCGACUACGUUACCAAGAACAUUGAAUACCUGAAGACCCAAGUUGGUAACCCCGAGGGCGCCGACAAGCCCAACAAGAAGAAGUACGACCCCCGUGUGUGGGUCCGUGAGGGUGAGAAGACGAUGAAGGCGCGUGUCGAGGAGGCGCUCGAUGACUUUGCGGCUGCUGGGCAGGCAUAAUCGGAAGAAGAAAAAAGCAUAAACUCCCAACAUUGAGCGGCGAAGGCGGUGUUUACGAGAUUUCAUGUGAUGAUGAUGAUGAUGUUGUUGUUGAUAGCCAGGAGGAUAUCAUGGAG